AUGUCGGGAGUUGAAGCCGCCAAGAAGCUUGCUGCCUACCGUGCCGUCGACGAAAACCUUCCUCAGGACGCCAAGGUCGUCGGGGUCGGGCUGGGGCUGACCGUGGUCUACGUCGCCGAACGCUUGGGCCAGAACCCUAACAAGAAGCAAUUCGUGUGUGUCCCCACCGGUUUCCAGCUGAAGAACUUGAUCAUCGAAAACGGUUUGACUUUGGGUUCGAUCGAACAAUUCCCCGAUGUCGACAUCGCCUUUGACGGGGCCGACGAGGCCGACAAGAACCUCAACUUGAUUAAGGGCGGGGGCGCCUGUCUUUUCCAAGAAAAGCUUGUGGCUCAGCUGGCCAAGACGUUCAUUGUCGUCGCUGACUACCGUAAAAAGCUGGAAACGGUGGGUACCGAAUGGAAGCAAGGUGUCCCCAUUGAAGUGGUCCCCAGCGCCUACGUCUCUGUCACUAAGAAGUUAUACGAAUUGGGGGCUAAGAAGGUCACCUUGCGUGACGGCAUGCCCAAGAAGGCCGGCCCCGUCGUCACCGACAACAACAACUCGAUCUUGGACGCCGAUUUCGGCCCCAUCGCCAACCCGGCGCAAUUGCACGAAAAGAUCAAGUUGUUGGUGGGUGUCGUCGACACUGGGUUGUUCUGCAAUAUGGCCAAGAAGGUCUACUUUGGUGAGGAAGACGGCCAAGUGAGUGUGUGGUAA